AAAACUACCAAAUGAAAUACACAUGUCAAACAAGUAGAUUCAUGAGAAAAGAGAAAAAAUCCAAUGUGAAGAACCUGGACAAGAUAUACGUUAACUAGCGUUAUCCGCCUCACAAAGCGGCCACCGGAACACACGUGGCACUAAUCUGUUGAUAUAACCACAAAUGGUAAACCACGCGUCCGAUACAAAGCCGACAUAACCCCAUGGGAAUCUUCGUCUUAUUUUGCAACUCGCCUAAUCCUGAACCACUCCAUGGUUAGUACCGACAGGUGCUUGCCACCAAGCAUUAUUGACUAGAGAGUGGGUGGGGACUGCUAUUGCCACACGGAAUGAUUCCGCAUCUUCGUCAGCAAAUGGAUCCAAGAUCCAAACUUAAGUGGCUGACCCACAUGCUUCAAUCCCCUUCAUAACUUCAUUCCCCCCCAGCGCAAUAUAUAAAUUCUUAUUAUCACCUCACCACCUCACCACUACAAUCUCUGGAUCAAGAAAGACUUGGAUAUAUUGGAUUUUCUAUCUCUAACCAUGUUAGAAGGCAAAGCAGUGAUUAGCGAUACAGACAUGCUGCAAACCAUGCAGCAGGAUGCAAUUAGACUUGCUGCAAAGGCUCUCGACAUCUUCGACGUCAUCGAUACCACUGAGAUAGCCUGCUGCGUCAAAAAGGAAUUUGACCGGUUAUAUGGAUUCGGUUGGCAAUGCAUCGUGGGAACAGAUUUUGGUUCGUUCGUCACCCAUUUCCACGGCUGCUUCAUCUACUUCUGUAUUGGCAGCCUUGCGUUCUUGCUCUUUAAAGGUGCAGCGGGUCCAGAGUUGGAGGCCAGUCGAUUUGCAUCACUGGACGCAGUGAAGGCGUGAGAACCUGCAGACUGCAGUUUCUCUCCUCUUUUUCUUUUAUUUUCUUCUUCAUGGGGGUUUGCCUUUGCCAUGUAAAUAAUAAAGAAGAUCGCAUCCUUACUUCCUCAAUACAACACCGUUUUCAGGCA